AUGGCCGGAUUGCAUGCCGGGAUCACCCCAUUCGUCCGGGUCCCCCAUCAAUGCGGUAAUGGAUUUGUUCAAAGAGUUCUAGAUGGGGGCGCGAUGGGCGUCAUCUUCCCACAUAUCCAGAGUGCCGCUGAGGCCAAGGCGGCUGUUGCCAUUUCCAAGUACCCCCCGAUUGGAUGUCGAUCUAUGACGGGACAACUCCCAAUCUUCUCCCUAAAACCUACUCCAGCAGCGACGGUGAUUCAAGAGAGCAACAUCUCGGCUUCAUCAGUGUUCCUCAUGAUUGAGAACAAGGAGUCAAUUGGCCGCAUCGAUGAAAUUGCAGCAGUGGAGGGUGUCGAUGUGUUGCUCAUUGGCUCCAACGAUCUGUCAAUCGAGCUGGGUGUGCCAGGCGCCUUCACAUCAGAGAGGUUCCGCUCAGCGCUCGAGAAAGUCAGCACCGCCUGCAAGAACCACGGGAAGGUUAUGGGGUUAGCAGGAAUCUACGACCAGCCGGAAAUUCAAGAUUGGGCCAUCAACACACUGGGCGUUCGUUACCUUCUAUGCCAGCAGGACUCUGGACUAAUUGCCGUUGGCGCUGUGAAAUGCGCGGCAGAGGUCGCUGAGAUUGAAAGGCCAUAG